GGCCGGUGUGUCUCCGGGUGUGUGUGUGUGUGUGUAUGUGAGUGUGCGCGAUCCGAGUGUGUGUAUUUGUGUAUCGGCGGUCCCGCAGGUCCCGGAUGUUGCGGACAGUAUGAAGCGAGCGCAGGGGCACGGGGACCAGCAGCUGUCGCCGCCGCUCUCAGAGAUUUCCUGUUAGACAAGACAAAUUAGAGUCUUCCUACUGACUGAACUUGUGUGGAUCAUUGAAGUUGUAUAAGGUGAAGAGGAGGAAAAAAGACACCGUUGCCCCCUGACUUUGGAAAUCUUGUUCAACCUUCAAACUGGCGAUGUCAAGGGUUCCAAGUCCUCCCCCUCCGGCAGAAAUGUCGAGUGGCCCUGUAGCUGAGAGCUGGUGCUACACACAGAUCAAGGUAGUGAAAUUCUCCUACAUGUGGACCAUCAAUAACUUUAGCUUUUGCCGGGAGGAAAUGGGUGAAGUCAUUAAAAGUUCAACCUUUUCAUCAGGAGCCAAUGAUAAACUGAAAUGGUGUUUGCGAGUAAACCCAAAAGGGCUAGAUGAAGAAAGCAAAGAUUACCUGUCACUUUACCUGUUGCUGGUCAGCUGUCCAAAGAGUGAAGUUCGGGCAAAAUUCAAAUUCUCCAUCCUGAAUGCCAAGGGAGAAGAAACCAAAGCAAUGGAGAGUCAACGGGCAUAUAGAUUUGUGCAAGGCAAAGAUUGGGGAUUCAAAAAAUUCAUCCGUAGAGAUUUUCUCUUAGAUGAGGCCAACGGGCUUCUCCCGGAUGACAAGCUUACCCUCUUCUGUGAGGUGAGUGUGGUGCAAGACUCGGUCAACAUCUCUGGCCAGAACACCAUGAAUAUGGUGAAAGUCCCUGAAUGCCGGUUGGCAGAUGAGUUAGGAGGCCUGUGGGAGAAUUCCCGGUUCACAGACUGCUGUUUAUGUGUUGCUGGCCAGGAGUUCCAGGCUCAUAAAGCAAUCCUAGCAGCUCGUUCUCCGGUUUUUAGUGCCAUGUUUGAACAUGAAAUGGAGGAGAGCAAAAAGAAUCGGGUUGAAAUCAAUGAUGUGGAGCCUGAAGUUUUUAAGGAAAUGAUGUGCUUCAUUUAUACGGGGAAGGCUCCGAAUCUUGACAAAAUGGCUGAUGAUUUGCUGGCAGCUGCUGACAAGUAUGCCCUGGAGCGACUCAAGGUCAUGUGUGAGGAUGCCCUCUGCAGUAACCUCUCGGUGGAGAACGCAGCAGAGAUCCUCAUCCUGGCUGACCUCCACAGCGCAGAUCAGUUGAAAACUCAGGCAGUGGAUUUCAUCAACUAUCACGCUUCGGAUGUCUUGGAGACCUCGGGGUGGAAGUCCAUGGUGGUGUCGCAUCCCCACUUGGUGGCCGAGGCAUACCGCUCUCUGGCUUCGGCACAGUGCCCCUUUCUGGGGCCCCCACGCAAGCGCCUGAAGCAGUCUUAAGAUCCUGCCUGUUGUAAGACUCCACUUAUUUUCCCGAAACAGCAGCCAUCGUUGCUGCCACUGACCACCAGGUAGCCAGCGUGAUCUGUGGAGCCUUUCCUCUCCCGUGGGGGAGACUGCCCCGUGGCUCCAGACUUUUACGUCAGCACUCAGCAACUUGGGGAGCGGGGGGAGGGAAGGACCCGGGACCGGGCCUGUUCAACCUAAUGAAAAACGCUGUCGCUGCGUCCCCGUGUUCCCUGGGGCCUGGCCGCGGCUGUUACUGCGGGGACCCAGCGCCAGCACUGGCCCGGGACACCCCAGCGGUGGCACUUGGGGCAGCCUGUCUGCAUCUGACUGAGCAGGACAAGUCUUCAGGUGCCUGGAGCGAAAAGGAAAAAAAAACCACAAGGAAGGACAAAGAGAACGGACAGACAUGAAGUUUCAGAGGAGAGACCAGAAAAGGAAGAAGAAAGGAGUUUUGCAGAGUUUCCCAGCAAUCCACUGGGGAAGGACUCCAGCAGUCUUUAUGUUGCGAGAAACACAUUUCAGCCCUUCCAGCUGUGCUGCCACGCGGACGUGUGUGCAGACUCCGCACGCCGCACCACGCUCCGAGAGCGCUCGUGUCGUUAGCGCUUACUGUUUGCAAGAACAGCAUUCAUCCUUUUAUCCUUUUAUGAAAAAUGACAGGGAAGGCAAUGGGGGAGGAGGCUGUUUGAUCAGGAAGACGAGUGUUUUGAUGUGGAGGCUUUUGCAAAAGUCUUUAUCGGUCAUGAAAACUGGAAAAGAUUGUUCAUCCAGUGCUCAUACCGACUCGACAAGAACUCCGGUUCUCGGUUUUUAGAUACUGUGGGAAAUGUUUUAUUUCUCCUCCUUCCCCCACCUUUUUUUUUUCUAAAAAAACAAAGCAAAAAAAAACACCCAAAAUAAAACAAGCAGAUGAAAGGAAAGGCGACUUUUCUCUUAUUCGUGCUGGUUGACAGACCCCAGCCCAGAUUGCUCAGCUCAGAGGAGCCAGGCCUCGUCCCUUCUUCUUGUCAGCCCCUCCUCCUACAGGGGAGAACUUCCAAAUGUUCGAUGUUCUUUUCUUUUUGAAAAUAUAAAUAAUCACUAUUUUGUA